AUGCAGAGCCUAUCCCAGGCUGCUGGCCGAAUUCUCAUUUCUCUGGGGACUCUCAGUGUAUUCUCUGGAGUUAUCGCUUUCUUCCCUGUCUUUUCUUACAAGCUUUGGUUCACAGGAUGGAAUGUCUGGAUUGCUUGCCCCAUCUGGAAUGGAGCUUUGGCCAUCAUGACCGGUAUACUUCUGCUGGUGGCUCACAAAGAGUGGACCAAGAGAUACCUGUGGGAAGCUAGUUUCACCUUUGUGAUUCUAAGCAUUAUGGGAUGUCCACUUCAUUUUGCGAUAGCCUUGGAAUCUGCUCUCCUCGGUCCAUAUUGCUUCUACUCGUUUUCAGGGAUUGCGGGGACCGGUUACCUCGGUUAUGCAGUUGCCUUCCCUUUUCCAUAUGCAAAAUUCCCAUCAGCUUGCGUGGACCCACCACACUAUGAAGUGUACCACCUGACGCUUCAAGCCUUCGACCUGUGCCUGAGCUUCGCCAUGUUCUGUGUGUCCCUGACAGUGUGCAUCAAGCUUUCUGCAGGACUUAUCUGGAAUAGACACAUACAUGUCUUAAUAAUAUAGCACAGUGGUUCUCAAAUGUGAUUCCUAUGCCAGCAACAGCAUCAUCACUGGGAACUUGUAUGAACUGAAAAUUUGGGAGCUGGGUCCCAACGGUCUGCGUUGGGAAACCCUCCUCCAGGUGAUUCUGAUGCAUGCUGAAGUUUGAGAAGCACCCGUGGAGCGUAAUGGAAAGCAGGCAGGACUUCAGAAUGAAAAACACCAGGAUUCAGAUCCUAGCCCUCUGGUCAGUUUAGGUAGGUAAUGGGCUCGGUUCCUCCCUGGUCAAAUGGAACUGAUGAGGAGAGCUGAUUCCUAGGCUUGUUGAGAGAAUUCAGUGACACUAUCUAGGUAAACCACAUAGCAGAAAAUCAAACACAAGAACAAAAACAGUGUCUAGUGUUGUUGAUUCAUUCAACACAUUUAUUAGAUGCCUUUGAAUAUCAGUGUCUACGGAGUCCAUUAAUUUGAGAAUGCACAAGUACAGAGUGAAAAUUUUAGACGUAACAUUAAAAAAUUUUUUAAUGUUUAUUUAUUUUUGAGAGAGA